AUGCUGGUGCGUAUGGCGCAGUCUAGCGCUCGCCUCCGCUCGAGUUAUUUCGGCUUAUACAAGUGCAUAUGCAGCACAAGAGCGCCAGUUGCGGGAUCGUAUGUUCGCAUUAACUCUUCCCAUAGAGCUUUCCAUGGUGCUUCCUACCUGCACGAGCAGGCUGGGAGCUCUCCAGCGCAGCCUGAUUUCCUCGAAACAUACAAGAAGGCAGUCGAAUUUCCUCCUGCUACAUACGACUUUCAGACCUUUCUUACCCAAGCUUCGCCAGGUCAGGAUGUCACUCUACAUGGCUAUCUUGGAGUUCGAAGUGAUAUAUCCAAAAAGCUCUCCUUCGUCCGGCUACAAGACCCAACCAUGAAAUAUAACAUACAACUUGUUUCGACUGCCCAGAAUGCGUCCUUUGAGCAGCUCAGGUCACUGAGGCCGAACAGUCCUGUGACGGUGAAGGGCAAAGUUCAGGCUAAAAAAGCAAAAAAUGCCGAGAUGGAGAAGCGGGAUCCAUGGGAGAUUGUCCUCGAGGAUAUCCAACUUCUGAACGACUUUCCAAGCGAUAUCUGGAUGGCGCCGGAUAUGGUCCAUCCUCCUAAGCAUAGGCAUCUGCAGCUCCGGACAAGCAGCGAGCUACGCGAAGCGCUAGAGUUCCGGGCGCAAGUACGCAAUGUCUGUCGAGAAGAAUUGGAGCAAGGCCGACCACCUUUUGUUGAGAUUGAGACCCCUCUGUUAUUUAAGUCCACGCCUGAAGGAGCUCGAGAAUUCCUAGUUCCGACUCGGAAGCAUGGUCUGGCAUAUGCGCUCCCGCAGAGCCCACAGCAAUAUAAGCAGAUCCUUAUGGCAAGCGGGAUCCCAAGAUAUUAUCAGUUUGCUCGCUGCUUCCGGGACGAGGAUCUUAGGGCAGACCGGCAACCAGAGUUCACCCAGCUUGAUCUGGAGAUGUCUUUCGCAACUGGUGAGGACGUCAUGCGGGUUGUUGAAGGUAUUAUUCGCCGACUUUGGUCAACCCUGAUGGAUACCGAGGCUCCUUCGGGUCCGUUCCGAAGGCUAUCGUACCAGGAUGCGAUGACUCGUUAUGGUUCAGACAAACCCGAUACCCGGUACGGAAUGGAGAUCUACAGAGUUGAACAUCUACUCCCAGUGGACCUGAUCAAUAAGAUCACGCCCUUGACAAACCCAAUAGUGGAGAUUUUCAAGAUCAAUGGUAACGACAACGAUCCUGCAGCCAUGUCGGAAUUUAUCACAAAAUUCCUUGAUUCACCGGCCGGUGCACCGUUCAAUGAGAACCCAGAAGGCGGGCCGGGUAUAUUCGUAUACGAUGCACGAAAGCCCCUAUGCGGACUGCAACCAUUCGGCUUCCAAGCUGCUGAAUAUGUGGAGGAAAUUAUUGAGCCUGAUCACGGCGAUUUACUCGUAAUGCAAGCCCGCGAAGCCGCUCCAUUCACAGGCGGUUCGACUCCGAUAGGUGACCUUCGUCGUGCCCUUUAUUCUGCUGCUGUCGAGACCGGAUUUAAGCCCGCUGCGGUAGGAUUUGACUUCCUUUGGAUUGUCGACUUUCCUCUUUUCUCUCCCAGCACCGACUCGGAACCCGGUCAAGGCGGUGCUGCCGGGAUAUCUUCUACACAUCACCCUUUCACUGCGCCAAAAAGUGCUGCCGAUGUGGAUUUGCUUCUUACGGACCCAACGAAAGUCGUUGCAGACCACUACGACCUGGUAGUGAAUGGAGUGGAACUUGGUGGAGGUAGUCGUCGUAUCCAUGAUGCUGCUGUGCAGGAAUUCGUCCUCCGAAACGUCCUUCAGAUGCCACCUGAGCGACUAACAGAGUUUUCCCACCUGCUAGAAGCACUUCGCGCCGGAUGUCCACCACAUGCUGGACUGGCACUGGGGUUUGACCGCCUGGUAGCCGUCAUGCUGGGCAAGGACUCUGUGCGGGAUGUCAUUGCUUUUCCCAAGACUGGAAAACUCGGAGAGGAUCCGAUGGUUAAGGCUCCCAGCCCGGUUUCUCUGGAGGCUCUGAAGACGUAUCAUCUUCGCUUAACUGAUGAGUAA